AUGCCAGGCGGCGGCACUGGACAGCCCUCGGUGGACGGCACGACACUCUUCCUCCGCCCAGUGGACGGUGACGGCUCCUCCGCGUUCAGGCAGCCGCAGCACUGUGCCCUCUUCUGUGCUGACAGCCGUGGGCCUCCUCCUGCCCAUUGCCAGCCUGGCCUGCCUUUCCUGAUAAUUGAAACUAGCACAAUCAAGCCAUACCAUCGCGGGUUUUACUGCAGUGACCAGUCCAUCCAGUACCCGUAUAAAAACGGGGACACCAUAAGUGAUGCCGUGCUCUGUGCUGCUGGCAUUCUAAUUGCCAUCCUCUCUAUUGUGAUUGGCGAAUGCUACAGGAUCCAUUACCUGAACCAGGGCUCCAAGUCAUUCGUGGGAAAUCCAUAUGUCUCCACCCUUUACAGACAAGUGGGCGUGUUCAUCUUCGGCUGCGCCGUCAGCCAAUCAUUCACAGACAUUGCCAAGGUCUCGGUUGGACGGUUGAGGCCGCAUUUCCUAGACGUUUGUAAGCCUGACUACCCUACCAUCAACUGCUCUCUGGGAUAUAUUACUCAAUACACAUGUCUUGGAAAUCAAAGCGAAGUACAAGAAGCCAGGAAAUCCUUCUUUUCUGGACAUGCUUCAUUUUCGAUGUACACCAUGCUGUAUCUGGCUUUCUACCUGCAGUCUCGGUUCACGUGGCGAGGAGCCCGUCUGCUGAGGCCACUCCUGCAGUUCACCUUGCUAAUGAUGGCCUUCUACACCGGGUUAUCACGCGUUUCUGAUCACAAGCACCACCCCACUGAUGUGUUAGCUGGCUUUGUCCAAGGAGCCCUAGUGGCCUACUGCAUAGCCUUUUAUGUAUCGGACCUCUUCAAACCUAAAGUCAAGACUGCCACUCCACCUCCCUCGCCAAUCAAGAAAGAGCUCCUCCCCUCUUCUGACAUCAUAGAGAGGAACAACAUUCACAACAUGGUGUAGGAGGGGGGAACGGGAGGAUCCGUUUGCAAUCUCCCUAUCCCUCACCUCCCCCCGAAUCCCCUGAAGAAACCAGAACAGCCACCUGUGACAGAGGAGCUACGGCCUAGUUGACGCCUCCUCUCUCUCAUCUGACAGUAGAAUGUAGGGACAGGACAGAGACAAUCCUAUUGACUCUUAUUAUAAUGACCUCACUAUCCUAGAGCCCGAUUCGAAAGGCCAAACAGACAUAAAGCUAACAAAAAAAGCGAUUUCUCCCUCAGAAUAUUGCGGAGAAUGAAUUCAGCUCCAUUGACGAAAGUAAUACACAGAAUGCGUUAAUGAACACCAACGAAAGGAAGAAGAGAGUGAAUGUGAGGCUGGUCACGUGACCAGCUCUUCUCUCCUUCCGACCAUCUCUUUCACUUGUCUCUGUGGCCUUUCAGCAACAGUAUAGGACAACAAAUUCCUUAUUAAUAGGAAUGAUUAGUUUUACCUGCGAUGUAAUUAGCACAGAUAUAUUAACAAUAUAAAGAAGAAUAACUUAUAGCACUAUAUCCAAGUUCAUUAAACGUCACCACUCGCUAUCUGAGAAGUGUAGCUUUGAGAAGCUUGAUGAAGGUCUGUAGACAAGAUCAUAUUUACCCAUCAAAGCUGAUCUUAGUUACCCGAACAGUGGCCUAACUUUUGGAGAAUGCAUUUUGAAGGGUUUUAAAUGGUGGGUGGGUGAGUUUACACUACUUUUUUUUUCUUAGAUAAAUAGAUUUUUAUUUUAGAUAAUGAUUUCACGAUGGCCACUGCCAAUCCCUGGCUAAAUUCUGGGGGUGUGGCUGAGCUGUGCCGCCUCACUGUCUUCUGAUUGGUCAGCGCGAAUGCAGGGGGCGGGGUUAGACGUCGGGGAGGUGUGUCUCAUCACCACGGUGACCGGGAUUGACUCCCACUGACCGCACCGGCAUAUUCUUUCAUUUUUGGGACUGGGAACGAGCUUCUUCCGCUGGCUGGUUUGAA